CCCAUUUUCUGCCAAAUAAAGAACACCCAACUCCAAUUAGCACAACAUCAUAUCAAUUUUCUACAUAAUCGCAACCUUUUUCCUAACCUGCAACCCAAAAUACUAUCACCGGAAGAAGAAAGUAGAUUUCAUAACUCUAGAAUUAAAUGCUUGUUGUGGACCAAACUACUGCCUGCAAGCAAAUCCCAAAAAAGAAAGGGAUUAAUCUUCCAAUUACAGGCCCCAAUUUCAAAUGUAAAUUCUGGGCAAAUUUAGACCCCUCACUACCAAUUAUAUACAUCAACAGAUCCAUUGAAGAUCUCCCACAGCCACGGCCCCUGCUCACCAACAGGGCAAAGGCAGGGCAACCAAAACAACGACGACUCACCUUCCAACACCACCACCGCCAUCGUCGCCACUUCCUACGCUCUAGAUACGUCCGGUCGUGGAGAGGUAACCGUGGUUUCGUACACCCGCCGCUCCCUCGGCAGCGGAAACUACCUCGUCGUCGCGGCUUCGGCACUCCGAAAACAAAGCUCCACUUAAUGCACGACUCCGGCAGCGAGUUCUCGUGGGUGGAUUACCGCCAGCCCGGCAAAAUCGACAACCAUUUCGACCCUCGAUCCUCUUCCACCUUCUCCAGGGACGUCCGUGCUUGGUCGUUUGGAUUGGCAUCGAUCGGCGGCGGCAGCGCUAGGAGAAAGAAGAAACGAUGGGCUGAAGGAAGAAGACAGUGAGAUCCGAAGGAUUGGGGAUCGGAGAAGAAAGACAGAGAAACACG